CUCACUAAUCUUGAAUCCAUUCAUCAAGUAGAAGUACACUUCCAUUUCCCUUUUCUUACCCAUUUGCCUUGGCAUACAAUUCCAUGGCUAGUUCAAUAAUCACCAUAUCUUCAAUGCUCUUCACACUAGUGAUGGCAUUGGAGACUCUGGCUCCUCAGGCUGAGGCAGCCAGGGCUUUUUUUGUGUUUGGAGAUUCACUUGUUGAUAACGGUAACAAUAAUUAUCUGGCAACCACGGCACGGGCAGACUCACCGCCUUAUGGUAUUGAUUUUCCGACACAUCGACCUACUGGCCGGUUCUCCAAUGGACUUAAUAUCCCUGACUAUAUCAGUCAAGAAAUUGGGUCAGAUUUUUUGUUGCCAUACUUGAGUCCAGAGCUCACUGGACAGAAGCUACUUGUUGGUGCCAAUUUUGCUUCUGCUGGAAUUGGAAUCCUCAAUGACACUGGAAUUCAAUUUGUAAACAUAAUCAGAAUGUUUCAACAAUACGAGUACUUUGAGGAAUAUCAAAGACGUGUCGCUGCUCUCAUCGGACCCAAGAGAACACAACAACUUGUUAAUGGGGCACUGGUCCUCAUCACAGUCGGUGGCAAUGAUUUUGUUAACAACUAUUACUUGGUGCCUUACUCUGUAAGAUCUCGCCAGUAUAGUCUGCCGGAUUACGUCAAAUUUCUAAUCUCCGAGUAUAAAAAGCUUCUCAUGAGACUAUAUGAGCUAGGAGCACGAAGAGUUCUUGUGACAGGGACUGGUCCACUGGGAUGUGUUCCAGCAGAAUUAGCGACGAGAAGCAGGGAUGGGGAGUGCUCAGCUGAGCUGCAACGAGCUGCGUCUUUAUUCAAUCCUCAACUCACUCAGAUGCUUGGACAACUCAAUAGCCAAUAUGGUUCUGACGUCUUCAUUGCGGCUAAUACUGGCAAAAUGAGUUCUGAUUUCAUUACUAACCCUGCAGCAUUUGGAUUUAUUACAUCAAAGGUAGCUUGCUGUGGACAAGGGCCUUAUAAUGGUGUAGGAUUAUGCACACCAGCUUCAAACUUGUGCCCUAACAGAGAUGUGUAUGCAUUUUGGGAUCCAUUCCACCCAUCAGAAAGGGCAAAUGGUUUCAUUGUUCAAGAGAUUCUGAGAGGCACAACUGAGUACAUGAACCCCAUGAAUCUCAGCACUAUUUUGGCUUUGGACUCCAGGACCUAGCUGAUUUUCUAAGGAAAUCCGUACAUGGCACUCUAGUGCAUUUCCCUGUCUAAAUUUGAAUAAAUAUGUUUUCGGACUUUUUUUUUAAAUUCAAAGUGUAUGUUACAGUCCGAAUUUCAGUAAUAUUUCAGGAAUAAUUGUAUAUUGCGUUUCUGUGUUGUAUUAUUAUUCUAAGACUUUGUUUGAUUCCAA